AUAGAGAAUUGGAUGUUGGGUGAAAAGCUGCUACAUGUCGUGCACUUGUUCAAGUAAAAGCAGUCUGAUUACUGCCUGUUUGGCUGACUUUUAUUGACUCUAUGUACAGUGUUAUCUAUAAGGAUAAAGUUGUCAAAUCACACUGUAUUUUCCCUGUGGAGGACUACUACAGAGUACUAGAAUGCCAGACCUCUAUUCUUUGCACCUGUUCAUUUUAGUAAUAGCUAUCUGGGUGCUACUUGUUUGACUGACUUUAAUUGACUCUACUUACAGUUUUAUCUAUAAGGAUAAAGUUGUCAAAUCACACUGUAUAUUCCCUGUGGAGGACUACUACAGAGUACUAGAAUGCCAGACCUCUAUUCUGUACACCUGUUCAUAUAAAAGCUAUCUGAGUAUUGCCUGUUUGACUGACACUUAUUGACUCUACAUAUAGUUUUAUCCAUGAGGGUAAAAUUCAGUGUUGUCCCACACUCUGUUACCCUUGUAGAAGACUGCUGUGUACCUUGUUUGAUUAAAGCCAGAUCCUUAGCUUCUAGUAAGUACUAAGGUUUAUGCUUAUAUGUCUGUUCCAAAUCAAUGACAGGCCACUCAGAUGGUCGAUGCUGUACGUGAUGCAUUUAAAAGAGGUCUACCAGAUCUGGAGUGGAUGGAUGAAAAGACACGCAAGGCAGCUGAAGACAAGGCGGAUGCAGUGGUAGACAUGAUUGGAUUUCCAGACUACAUCAAGGAUCCACAAAAACUUGAAGAGAAGUACAAGGGGCUUGAAUUCAGUCCUAAGAAUUAUUUUCAGAACGUACGCAACUCUGAUGACUUCCAUCUCUCCAAGACCCUGAAUAUGCUCCGCAAGCCUGUUGACAAGCAUAAGUGGUAUAUGACACCACAAACUGUCAAUGCUUACUAUAGUCCAUCCAGGAACCAGAUUGUAUUCCCAGCAGGAAUUUUGCAAGCUCCAUACUAUAACAGGAACUUCCCAAAGGUUGUGAACUUUGGAGAAAUUGGAGCAGUGGUGGGCCAUGAACUUACUCAUGCCUUUGACAAUUCAGGUCGCAUGUAUGAUAAAUAUGGAAAUUAUGGGACACUGUGGUGGACACAAAAAUCUGUGGAACAAUAUGAGAAGAGGAGUGCAUGUAUGAUACAGCAGUAUUCAAACUUUUCUUACUUUAAUAAGAAUGUAAGUGAAAUGGCUUAUAAGGAAUGGGAAAAGAAAGAAGGCGUCGAACCUCCUCUCCCUCUUCUUAACAUGACAGCAGAUCGAACAUUCUUCACAGCAUUUGCACAGAGCUGGUGUGCGAACAUAAGAGAACAGGUUGCGAUAGUCAGGCUGGAUUCUGACUCUCACUCACCCGAUAAAUUCAGAGUCCUGGGUUCAUUGUCUAACUCCGAAGAUUUUGCUGCAGCCUUCGAUUGUUCUCCAGGAAGCAAAAUGAACCCUCGUAACAAAUGUCACAUCUGGUAGAGAUACUGAUUCUCUUGAACACUGUCUCAAAAGAGAACUUAUUUAAUAGUGAAGUCACUGAAAUCUCUAUAUUAAAAAGUCACCAUUUCCUGGCAGACUCUUAAAUUUCAAACAAUCCUUGUUAAUAUAUACUUUAAUUUUUUAUUUAUGCAUGCAGUUUCAAUUCUUCUAUUUGAUUUCAUGUCGUUUUUUGUUACCUUUGAUUUAGUUAUUUUUAUAAGGCUUUCACUUCCAGAUCUCAUUGGUAACUCCCCUUACUUUCUGCCAUACAACUUUUAUAAUAUUAGUUUGGAGAAUUUGGUUUUGGAUCAACUAAUGAUCCCUUGAGUGAUGUUUUUCUUACUCUCGUCCUUUGUCUGCUCGAUACUAUACUGAAAUUGUAGGGAGAAAUUCCAUCUUGGUCUCUCGAUCACGGCAGUUGAACUAGAAUCUCAAGGUCUUCUUUAAUUUAAAUACUUAAACAAAAGGACUUUUUUUAAUUUGCAAGUCAUGCCAGUGACUUAAAAUGUUGUAGUAAUUAAACUUAUUCCAAGGUAAAAGGUGGUACACAAGGAAUUUUAUUUUAAUUAUUGCUAUUGAUUACUUGAAGUACUAAUUAAUAUAAAUGUAAUUUUCAGUGAAGGGGCUUUGUUAUAGUUUUUUAGCAUUUGCUUAUUGUCAGAAAGGAAAAUGUAAUUGUUAUUAUUUACUAUGUAGGUAGUGUUUAUUUAAUUUUAAAUACUGGUACUCAUUUAUGUGUAGAGUGUUUCCUAGACAUAAUCUUGUUCACAAAGAUAAUGUGAGAGUAUAAAUGGCAAAUUGAUCAUUUUGGUCAGUAAAGGUACAGCUGGCUUGUACAUAAGAGGACGCAUGAAAUAAGUGUGGUUUUUUGGUAGUUUUGGUAAAUUAUAUCUUUUGUUUUGUUUCUUAUUUCCAUUUUAAAUAGGAAAAUAGGGUAAUGAGAAAAUGUAGAUACACACAUCAAAAAAGAGACGUAAUGCUGUAUAAGGGCCAAAUUUCAUCAUUAAUAUAUUUUAUUACAUGA